AAGGACGAUGUGCUAAUAAACCGGUGCAAAACGCCAAUCGUGGAAAAAGUCCUCAGAUCUAGAAGUAUACUAUGGACUCCGACAUGUCUGAAGUGAGCAGCCAGCUGCCGUCAGAGCCCAUCUCUGCAGUUGGAGUGGUCACUUCACUCAGCAAGGCCCCUGAUGACUACUAUGUUGUUGCACAAACAACAGAUGGCUUCGACGCCGACCUGUGGAAGGACGGCUUAUUCAAAUCCAAGGUCACUCGCUUCCUCUGUUUCACCAGAAAAGCUGGGCCUGACGUUGUUGUGGACAUGAAGGUGAUUGACAUUAAGGACGCGCUGCCAGAGGGCUUCACACCUGUGGAAGAAACAAUGGACACCAAGGAAGCUGCCAUGAGGAAGAGGAGGCUCUGCGUGAAAAUCAGCCCUCGUGCGGCUGCAGAGACGGCUUUAUAUGACAUCCAGAUCGUUGCGAAGUCCAAGUACCAUCUUGUUAACUACACCUGUAUAGGGGACAUAAACAGCAUGGGAGUAUGGUAUCGAACUGGAGAUGUUCCUCAGCAUCAGCCGUCACAGGAAACGUCCAACACAGUUGUCAGUGAUGCUCCAUCCAGCACAGCAAGUGUGCUGUUGAGCCGUUUCUUUGCUAUAUGUACAGCGAUGAAGACACGAACAAUUGAUCAAUGUGCCGUAAAGGUUGUGGCUGGACGACGAGGUAGCGAGGGUGGACCAGAGAGACGGGCUAACUAGACAGGAUCCCCUGAACAAGAACAUGAGUUCAAUGAGGGCUAAACUCCUGCUAUUUGAGGUGUGUCCCGGGAGGCAGAGGCAGGUCGCUCCUCUGACUGCGGCGGUGACAGGAGUGUUGUACUGUGCAGAAAAAGAGAAGGAGAUGUAGCCUGGAGAGCGAGCGACAGCUGCAGAGGAAGGGAGGAGAGCUCCAAGAUCUCCGCCAUGCUGGAGUGUGUGUGUCUGUGUGUGUCCUCUUCUGUUCAUGCUGCUCAGGCUUCCUCCGCCUCAGGCCUCGGACUGAACGGUGCAACCCUUUGUACCGCGUCCAGAUCAAACAGCUCAAUUAUUUAUCUCAACGAAGAACUGGGGAUUUCCACAGCAAAUUGUAAAUAAACAGCCGAGGCUCGCUCGGUGUGGCGGCGCUGCGGAGAGGCGCUUGGCACAGGGCGAUGAUGGCUUUGCCAGCUUGAAGUGCUAUGCUUUGCCAUCCUGCACUGGGCUGAGUAAAAGCCACUUAAAAGCCACUACAGGCCAGAGCGGUGGAUGCCAGCAGGCGUAUUCAAAACAGAGCUCCUGUUCACACGGCCACUCAGCGGGACGGGAACAAUAAAAUGGACGGGCGUGCAUUCAAAAACCCGAGUUCAAAGUGGGGUUUUGUGAAUUGUCCAUAUUUUGGAAGCGGAUGGUCAAUAAUCUUUGAUGUGUUGAAGUGAUGGUGGGCACUCAGGCUCAUGUGCGCGCCUUCACAACUCUUACCGGUAAUCCUCCGUUCUUUUGAAGCCCACUUUCAAGUUGGUGAGGCUGGAAUAAAUUGCACCUCGGAGCGACUCUCACCUCCCCCCUCCUGAUGCCUGCUGAGAUCACAGGCUGCUGUUUUUGUAUUAACAUUAAAAUUCAUUCCACAGUCAGAGAGUCUUCUUUUGAGAGUAUUUCCAUCCAUAAUGCACUGACACAUGAGGACGGCAUGUUGGGCAAUUUAGACGGCGGCACUUCCUCCUUCCUGUGUAGUUACAUGCACUUUAGACAAGCAUACAUACAGCUGUAAAUAUUUCUGCAGUUUCUUGAAAGUCACAGCUUAGACAGUUUGACACGGUGAUUUAUAAACAGCUCUUCAGCACUCGCUGAUUGCUUAAAUAAGAGCAGUACUACAGUGAAAGUGUCUGUGUAGUAUCGGCCCACUAUACUUUAUUCAUAUUCAGCAAGAGAAAAUUCUCCUCCAUGCCUCCUUCGGGCUAUCUAUAACAACUUUAUGGCCUUUGGAGAAUAGCACCUCUUAAAUUUAAGUGCUCUUUACAGUCAGUGGAAAAGAUGUUUUAAAUACAGUCAAUAAUGUGUAAAUUUUUAAUGACCCUUAUAAUUUUGAAAGCUGCAGUGAUCCCUCUCAAAUGUUAAGUUGCCUCAGGCAGGGAGAGCUUGUUAAGAGUUGUGUACAAACGUAAACUGCAAACCAGGUUUUCUUUCAGCAGGGCCGAGCUGCAGGGUGUUGCAUCAUGGGAUGCGCACAGCUGUUGCAUCAAGCCACCGUGCUGCAUUUCAAUUCUUUUGGUAUUGUUCUGUCAGCUGAGAACAGGGUGUCUGCAGCUCCUGAAAAGCUCUGAGUUCAGUUUUCUCAAAAAAACUGUUAGCUGUGAUGUCACAUAUAAAAUGUUUUUGCGUUUGAUUGUGCGUACAUAAAAUCUAGCUGAUGUUCCCCUCCCGUUCAUUUCCUUUCGCUCCCGGCGGCAAACUUACGGCUGUUUUCCGUCAGCCCUGUCCCCAGCGCUCGCUAACACACACAGUUUUGUCCAGCCGUUGGACCGUCCUCUCACCCCUCAACCUGCAGUGAUCAGCUGCCUGCUUCUGCUGGCUGUGUGUGUUGUAUUUAUUUCACAUGAAACUUUUCAAAAACUUUUUGCUGCACUGUAGUUUUUUUAUUAAAGAAAACCCAGAAGUUCCUGUUCCCCCUACUAACCACAGUAGUCAGAAAGCUCAUGGUCUCAUAAAUGGGCAAAGCUCUUAGCAAAAACAAAGAAAUAUGGUUGCUGCUAAAAAACAAAUUCCUUAAAAAUAACUGCUUUUUUUAUUAAUCAGAUAUUCGUUUUGUGUCAAAAAGUUGCAAAAACUUCUAGUAAACACAAGCAAAAGCAGACGUCUUUGCAUAGUUUUGUUUUGUCCACCCAAAAAUACAAAACUCAAGAUUCAUCCACUCAAGUGAUGAAUCGUAUGUUAAGAUUGUUUACAGGUAAUUUUUUCUUUACUCAAUCGACUAAUUGAUCAGCUGCUCUAAAAGUAAUGAAUCAUUUCCAUCCACUGCGGGUAAAAGUUAAUUAUAUCAUGAAGGAUUUCUUGUUAUGUAUUGCUGCAAAGAAAUGGAAAAAAUGAUAUAAAAAUAAGAAUUCAAUUCCAUAUCAUCAGUCGAGCUUUUCCAUCAUGCUUUCAUUGCUGGUUGUGAAAUGAGUAUUUAUAAAUUGAAUUCUCUGUGGUAUUAAAAAGUCUUUGAUUUAACUCGGUGAACACUGCAGAAACCCUGUGAAAAGUAACCUCAGAAAUUAGCAAAGCAAUAAUUAUGCCCUCAGUUUAAAAGUUUCAUCGGCUCAGGCGGGAUGAAGGAUAAACACUGACCCUAAAAUUUCUUAUUGGCCCAGGCUGUCGCACCAUAUUGAGCCACUAAAACUGUUAGGGUGCAGGCAUCCUAACCAGUCUGCACAUGCCUCUGACCCUCGUGUGUUUAGUGUCUCUUUAUCGAGUUUGUCUAAAGCGUUUCAGUGCUGUUCUGUUUUGAUUCAUAGCUGCAGCUUGAUGUCAGCCACUUCGGCUUGUUCUCUGUCAAGACAGACCGUAUCAGCCACUCCCUGACUUUAUAAUGUGAAAAACCUGCACCAUCCGGUCGCUCUUUUAAUAUGUCCAGUAAAGCAUCCCCCUCCUUCCCUCUCGCUGCCAUUUGUUCUCCUGAUAAAACUGUCAUUGCUGAGGCUGAUAUCUGACCUCUACAGUGACUGCUAGCAUAAAUUAGCCUUGCCCUAAUAUUGCAAUUUCUUUCGCUUCACUCAGAAUCAAGGUUUUUGACAUUUCUCUUAGAAUAAUAGGCUAUUGUACACACGGACACUUUUUAAAUCAAACUGCACAAGCGAUAAAAAUGUCAAGGCCAAGUAUCUCUUUUUUUUGCAUCGCAUGCUGUAGUUUGCUUUUCGUAUGAAGCCUAGAGAGUCAUCAGUGUCAGAAUUGGCACGCAUAUCAAUACGUUUUGGAUUGCACUGUCGUCUACCUGUGACACUCCACGCAUUGCUGCAGCUCUGCAGGAGCAUCGUAUCAGCUUUCAUUGCUCGCUGGUUAACCAUGACUUCCCACUGCACACGACUCAUGAAGGAAAGAGACGCCAUGACUGUCACUGUGUCUGCCUGACAUAUCUCCCAUCUGAAGUGCCAAAGAACAAUCGCUCCCCCGCUCAAUCUCACUCAUUACUUUGUUCACCAAAGUUACAAAAAGUAGCGGAGAUCAAGCGAAGGGAUGCCAGGAAUGAUCGAGUGAUCGGCUAAGAUCUGAUGGGCUCAGACUGUUCGGUGAUUUGCCGCCAUAUUCAGAGAGAUCCUCUUUUCAAUACCUGACACCGGGCUUAAAGGAGGAUAAUGAUGGGUGAGGAAGAGGCUCCCACAAAGCAGCACUGUUGGCACAUAGAGGAAGGUGUGGAGAUGUUGUCAGGGGAAGGGCUGGAUGUGUGUCAAAACAAGAGCUUCCAGCUCUCUGUAUCGCAGCUCUGGCUCUUCAGUGAUAUUACUCUCAUCCUCAUCUUACCUCUCCACUGACUUGUCUGUCCCCCCUGUCUCUCCCACUUUCUCCUCUACUCAGUUUUUUCUUUUUUUUUUAAAGACCGACAACUCUUUUCUUUAUUCCACACGGAACAACUUAAAGAACACUGUACAACAAAAUCUGUUGAACUGUAAUUCAUGUCGUUGUGGUUUGCUUUGCCACACUAAUGCAAUUUUAACUUACAGGAACAUAAGACUCUUGAUCUGCGUCGUAAUUGCGUAAAUCUUUCAGGCCGUGUUCCCGGUUUUGCCGUAAUUUGAUGAGGAGCUAAGCUGUAAUUGAAUAUUCAAAUUAGGAAUAUGUGUCAAUAUGGCUCUCCUUGCCUGAAAUGAGGAUUAAUUGUUGUCAAAACUCCAGUGGCCGACAUAAUAUGAGCCCCAACACUGCUGUUGAUUAGCAAAUGCACUUGCCAUGUUUUUGUUUUAGGAAUUAGUUGUCUAAUUGAUUUGCCAUAUGUUACCAUCUCCAGUGCACCUAAAAUUGUAUUUAGAAAUCACCAAUUUGGAUUGAGACAGUUUUGUGUUUCAGACAGAUGGGAAAACCAACCCUGGAGGUUGCCUGUAGAAAAGCAUUUCGUGAGCAGCCUUGGGAUUUUAACUACCGCUGCCUCUUUUUUCAGAUACACAGAUAAAUGGUCUAACUUAAAGGAACGGUUUGCCCCAAAAUUGAAAUUCUGUCAUUCUGUCAUCACCUUCAUGCUGAUGGAAAGUCGAGUGAAGUUUGAGUCCAUGAAACAUUUCUGGACAUUCACAGCAAAACAGCAUUGCACCAUUUUGGUGAACAACUGAAAAAGCAGAGGUCUUGUUUUAAGAAAAAUUAAAAAAAUCAGCUCCAAGUGUCCAAGCACAAUCCAAGUCUCCAGGACCCCAGAGAUCCCAAAUUGAUUUGAA